AUGGCUGCCGCCGGGCCGGUCGAGUUCUUCCAGGUCGCGCAGCCCGUGCUCGCCCUGGACGGCCCGGGCAGCUGCACGGUGGUGCUCAUGGAGCACGCCUUUGCCAACAGCUACGGAUCUCCAUUCGUCGCCGACUAUGUCCCGCCGGCAUGCGACUUCAAUCGCGUCGUCAUCCGCUUCACCUCGACUGUGCGAGGACGGCAGUACGACCGCACCGGCGUCAUGUACCUCGGCGACACCGAGGUCUGGCGCCUCACCACGGCACAGCCAACAGCGGACGGAAUCGUCUGGGGCUGGGACAAAGACAUGACGCACUUCCUGUCGCUCUGGCGCCAGCCACAGAAGCUCAUCUUCGACCUCGAGAACAUUGUCAACGACGUCUACACCGGCAUCUUCAACACGACCCUGACUGCGACUUUCUUCCAGAGCGACGUGCUGGUGGGCGGCCAACCCCCAGCAGACUUGAUCAUCCCAAUCUCGGAACGGACAGGCGCGGCAGGACAGCCCAGCCAGUUCACAUAUCCAGAGCAGAACGCGACUAACACGGUGGCUUUCCCGCGCAACGCCAACCGGGCGGUGUUCUCCAUCGCAGCGAAAGGGCAGGGCAGCGACGAGUUCUGGUGGUCCAACGUGCCCCAGAGUGCAAUCCACACCUUUGACGCCGAGUACGGCCAGUACCCGGGCUAUUCGGCGUGGCGAGAGAUCCAGGUGCUGGUCGACGGCAAGCUGGCUGGUGUCUCCUGGCCAUACCCGACCAUCUUCACGGGCGGUGUCGUGCCGCAGCUUCACCGCCCCAUCGUGGGCAUUGAUGCUUUCGACAUGCGGGAGCACGAGAUUGACAUCACGCCUUGGCUGCCGCUUCUCUGCGACGGCAACGAGCACACAUUCACGAUCCAGGUGAUAGGGCUGGUGGAUGACGGCAGCUCGAGCACAUCCCUAUCAACCACGACAGAGAGCUCGUGGUACCUGACUGGCAAGGUAUUUGUGUGGCUCGACAGCGAGACGUCCGUCACCACCGGCACGAUCCCCGUCGUGAGCCAACCCGCUCCCAGUAUCGCAUUCUCGUCCAAGAUCACGCAGGAUGCAGCUGGCGCAAAUGAGACGCUGGAAUACCAGAUUGACGUCUCUCGCAAAUUCUCAGUCACAGCAAAAGUCAAGACGGAGAAGUCGGAAGGACUGGUCUCGUGGUCGCAAAAGCUGUCGUACAGCAAUCCCGGCGCGGUGACGGCAUAUGGCUUCUUCAAUCUCAACACCCUUGAUACGACGGGCGCAGACGCCUCGGCCGGGUCAGUCUCGGGCCUGUACGCCUCUAAGUACCACUACCCACUGUUCUGCAACAGCACUGCCGCCAUCGCGCCCGAGGGCAACCUGACCCUGUGGGCCAACCUUGAUCAGGGCCUGCAGUUGGAGGUGGUCGGCAGCGCAGUUAUCCCCACUGGUGUCGAGUCGUACAAGAGCAGCACGAAGAAAUUCGCUGGCUCGAGCCUCGACACCCGCCGGGUGGGUACGGCCAACUUCCAUCGCGCCGGCGACAACUCGUACAGCGAGGGCAGCGGAUCGCAAGAGCAGGUGUUUGAUUUCUGGGGCGUGACGGCAGAGGGCGGGUAUGCCGGCAAAGAACAGCUUUACCACCGAGACGUAAAGUCGGUAAACACGACGGUCACCUUUAAUGAGGAGAGCGGUGUAUGA